UCCCCCCUCAUCCCCCCGAGUGUCCCGGCUCGCUCGGUGCUCCCGGAGGGCACUGGCCCCGGCCCAGCCCCGGUCCCCGCGCGCAGACCAUGGAGUAGGCGGGCAACCCGGAGACGCGCUCCUGCAGCCGGCGAGGCCGAAGUCAGCCUGGGGUGGCCUGGCCAGCCGGCCCAGUUGGCCGGCAGCGGGCCCUCCUCCCGCUGGUCCUGCCCCGCUCCUCCUCCCCAGCCCCCGCCGCCCCCGCCUCCCGGCCGCCCCCGCCGCGCCGCCGCCCCAGGCCCAGCGCGGGCGCGGAGCGUGGGAGCCAUGGCGCGCGAGCAGGAGAGGGACCCCGAGCGCCGGGAGGUGGCGGCGCUGGCGAGCGGCGAGGAGGAGGAGGAGGGAGGGGAGGAGGGACUGAGCGAUAGCGACGACGAGGGCGACGACGAGGAGACGGGCAGCGGCGAGGAGGAAGAGGAGGCGGCGGCGGCGGCCGGGUGGGAGCGCAGCGAGGACGCGCGGCUGCUGCGCGCAGGGCUGCCUCCCGCCGCCGUUCCCGCCGCGGCCGCUCGCGACAGGAGCGGCCGCCGCCUGCCUGGGCCGCCGCCCGGCCGCCCGAGGAUGCCGCCGCCCGGCGACGGGGACCGCGCGCGCCGCCGCCGCCGCCGCCGGAGGGACCUUCUGCUGAGCCAGCUCUGCUUCCUGGCCUCGGUGGCGCUGCUGCUCUGGUCGCUGUCGAGCCUGCGAGAGCAGAAGGAACUUGACCUCAUGGACCUCAUAGGGGAAGACAGAAAGUGGAUGGUGGGGAGGAAGCUAAUGCAGGUGAAUGACACUCUGACUUCUGAGGAUGAAGAACUCUGGAGCAGCAAAAACUGCACAGAACCAGCCCUGAAUGAGUUCCCCAAGGACAUCUUCACCAACGAGGACAGAAGGCAAGGUGCGGUGGUCCUCCAUGUGCUCUGCGCCAUGUACAUGUUCUACGCGCUGGCCAUUGUGUGCGAUGACUUCUUCGUCCCCUCCUUGGAAAAGAUCUGUGAGCGCCUGCACCUCAGUGAAGAUGUGGCAGGGGCCACGUUCAUGGCAGCGGGCAGUUCAGCCCCAGAGCUUUUCACAUCAGUCAUAGGAGUCUUCAUCACCAAGGGCGACGUGGGAGUUGGGACCAUCGUAGGCUCAGCCGUAUUCAAUAUUCUGUGCAUCAUUGGUGUCUGUGGGCUCUUUGCUGGGCAGGUUGUGGCUCUUUCCUCCUGGUGUCUGCUGAGGGAUUCAAUUUACUACACGCUGUCUGUGAUUGCACUUAUUGUGUUCAUUUACGAUGAAAAAGUCUCCUGGUGGGAGUCGUUAGUCCUCGUGAUGAUGUAUCUUAUCUACAUUGUCAUCAUGAAGUACAACGCCUGUAUACACCAGUGCUUCGAGAGGAGGACGAAAGGUGCGGCCAACAUGGUCAACGGGCUGGCCAACAACGCAGAAAUCGACGACAGCAGCAACUGCGACGCAACCGUGGUGCUGCUCAAGAAAGCCAAUUUCCAUCGCAAAGCGUCCGUGAUCAUGGUGGACGAGCUGCUGUCGGCCUACCCGCACCAGCUUUCCUUCUCGGAAGCUGGCCUUCGAAUCAUGAUCACAAGCCACUUUCCCCCCAAGACCCGGCUCUCCAUGGCCAGCCGCAUGUUGAUCAAUGAGAGGCAAAGACUGAUAAACAGCAGGGCUUAUGCCAACGGGGAAUCCGAGGUGGCCAUCAAAAUCCCGAUUAAGCGCACGGUGGAGAACGGGACAGGGCCCAGCAGUGUGCCGGACAGGGGCGUGAACGGGACUCGGAGGGAUGAUGAUGUGGCCGAGGCUGACAAUGAAACCGAGAACGAGAAUGAGGACAACGAGAAUGACGAGGAGGAUGAGGACGACGAGGACGACGACGAAGGGCCGUACACGCCAUUUGACCGCCCCUCUGGAAAACUGGAAACAGUGAAAUGGGCGUUCACCUGGCCGCUGAGUUUUGUCUUAUACUUCACUGUACCCAACUGUAACAAGCCACGCUGGGAGAAAUGGUUCAUGGUAACGUUCGCUUCCUCCACGUUGUGGAUCGCAGCCUUCUCUUACGUAAUGGUGUGGAUGGUCACGAUCAUCGGUUACACGCUGGGCAUUCCUGACGUCAUCAUGGGAAUCACCUUCCUGGCUGCCGGAACUAGUGUGCCUGACUGCAUGGCCAGCCUCAUUGUGGCCAGACAAGGGAUGGGGGACAUGGCCGUGUCCAACUCCAUUGGGAGCAAUGUGUUCGACAUCCUGAUCGGCCUGGGUCUCCCCUGGGCUCUGCAGACGCUGGCUGUGGAUUACGGAUCUUAUAUCCGGCUGAACAGCAGGGGGCUGAUCUACUCCGUGGGCUUGCUCCUGGCCUCCGUCUUCGUCACGGUGUUCGGAGUCCACCUGAACAAGUGGCAACUGGACAAGAAGCUGGGGUACGGGUGCCUCUUCCUGUACGGCGUGUUCCUGUGCUUCUCCAUCAUGACCGAGUUCAACGUGUUCACCUUCGUGAACUUGCCCAUGUGCGGGGACCAGUGAGCCGCCGGGGCUCCUGCAGAGGCUCGGUUCCUACUUUUCUGUGCAAUACAAGACCCGGCCGCACCCGAGUCGCGCGGGCCCCCGGGGCCACGGCGUUCGUCUCUCCUGUGCUGUCCACAGGCCUCCGCUCCUGCCCUGGUGGCCCAGGCUCCCCUGCCCCGUCCCUCUCGCCCCCACCUCCGUGGGUCGAGCCUACCCACCCCCGCCUCCGUGUGAAGACACCCAACAUCCACGUGAAUUCUAAGCUCCAUUUCCAAACAGUGACUGAGAUUCUAGAAGAACUGGCUGCUAACUGGCCCAAGCCAGGAGAAACUUGUUACAAUCCCGCCUCUUUUUUUAAGUUAUUUGGCAGAAGACUAACCUAAUUUAUGACCUGAGACUGUUGAAGGCAUAGCGAGAGGAGAGAGAGUCCACUGACCACAGGGAGCUUUGGGGAUUUUGCUUUCUUUGGAAGGGAUUCCUAGGUGACUGGCUUUGAGAGUUGUUUUGUUUUGAGAAGGUUCCCCAUUUAUUCCUUUUCUUCUGGAGAUCAAGAGCUUUUCUUGCAUCUUCUUUCACUGGGCUCUGGAUUAGUCGAAGAUCAAAGGUUGCACCUACUGUGUCCUCUGGGGUUGAAUCCCAGACACGUGGGAGUCUGCCUGGGCGUAGUGCUUCCCGGAGGAACCACUGGGCAAGGCCAGUGGAAACAAAUACACAACGUUUUAUACCCAAGGACGCCUCACUGAAGUCCUGUGGGUGUCACUUGGUGGGGGGGCGCAAGUUUUUGGAGAAAGAAGACAGCUUCCCUCAUGUCCAUUACAACCAUCUCUUUCUCACUAGGUUCUUACUAGUUGUUCAAGCAAUAGUUCUCACCUGCCUGAGUCCUGGCAAAGGGGCCCCAGCUAAACCAUCCACCUGCGAGGCACCAGGCAGUCAGCGACAGAAGCUGCCCCAACUUGUGAAUCCUGAGAUGUACUCUCGUCUCUUGGCAUUUGGGGUGACAGGGAAUGACCCAGAGGCCACCACUGCUUUUCAUGCAGGAGUUACAGACACUGGUUUCUUGGAAAAUGGAGAGAAGCGCACUUUGCACAGACAUCAUCAAUUAGGUCCCAGUUUGCCACUUGGUAUCGAGUACACUGGACCCUUACAGCUGGCUCCUGGGCAGACGUCUUUCCAAGUCUGCCCAGCUGCAUCCCUCUCCUCCUGGAGUGAUGGCCAGGGAAGAAGAAAACUAAACUGACAACUCUGAAACCACAGAAUGUGUUCAACGCAGACUCGCUCAAGGGCGUAAGUUAUUGUGAACGUUUUUGCCAAUCACUGCUCGACAGCCCUGCUAGAUUUUGAAUGAUGCUGAAUUAUUAUGCAGACUAAUUCCACCGAGUUGAGACACACCCAUGCUUGUUAUAUUUGUAUUUAUUGAAACUGUGGAUUCUCGCCCUGUGCUGUCCCCUUGUAUUUACUUUAAGCACUGAUCACUUAUCAUUCAUUCGGUAUGGUUUCCCCAUCCCUUGUACACAUUUUGGUAUGAAUUGUAAAAAUAAUCUGCCACAAAUUGGUUGAAUGUCUCUGACUGUGGUGCAAGCUGAGGCCAGCAUUAGCAGACAGGCACCUGCCCGGCUGAGGGACGGGGGGAGGAUAUCGCCAGUUUGGGCUCUCAGAGCCAAGACACAUUUACUGAUUCUGUUGCACAUUUUGCACUGGUUUAUGGCGAUUGUUUUCUUGGACGGAUAGUGUAAAAUAAACUUCUCUGUUCU